UUCGUCGCAACCGCUACCGCGACACUAGACACACGAGAUAACACGAGGCGAGACUCGUAGGUACAAGUGAACUAGUGAAGUAAUUCCCGGUAAUCCCGGUGUAUCGAUUGUUCGGUGUACUUACACAAAAAGUUACUCAUUCACGUUGGACUUGAAUUUCUAAAAACAAUAAACAACAAUCCCGGGUACAAACCAAGGGAUUGUUGCGUAAAAAGUCAAAGAGAACAAGUAGUGUGUGACUGUGUGUUUCCCAGCAAGGUAUCCAGGGAGAGGAGUCGAGCCAAGAGUACUUAUUACAUCUGUGCACGCGUGCGCAGCAUCUACAGGGUCACAGAGUACAUACUCCAAAAAACUCCAAGCAGCAGCGCCGCAGAGCAAAGAGAGAGAGAGAGAGAGAGAGAGAGCACCCCUAGGUGGUGGUGGACAAGGACGCAGUGGCGUGUUGUGUGUGAAAAUACAAAACUACCUUUGAGGUUAGGAGCGCUGUAUAGUGUGCAUCAUAUUAACACUACACUCCUCUCGUCCCGCAACUUUGCUGGCAAGGAACUAUUAGUUGUGCACCGGAGUGAAAGUAAUCUUUUUUUCAUCAUCAUCUUCAGGAAGUGCUGCGUUCUACAAAAAUUCGUGUGGUUGGCUGUACCGAGCUAAGGAUGCCAGGGCCCAGGCCCGUGGGCUGCCUCUGAUGGAUGAGUCUGCAUUCUAGAAAGUCUCCGAUACACACAGGCCAGCCUAGGCAUGCCGUAAGCGACACCCUCUCUUCCCUAGCACAGGGUGAGAAGCAGCCCAGGUUUGGUGUACUGCCGCCCGGGGUGCAAGCUUGGCAAGAGGAAAGUGGAGGCACUAGAGGAGAAAAAAAAAAAAAAAAAAAAAAAAAGAAGAGAGUGGUGAAGUUGGACCUAAGCAUAGCCAGGUGCUAGUGCUAAUUAGGUGCUGUGAUGAGUAGCGGUGGCGGUGGUAGCGGCGGCUUUCGUGGCCGAGGCUUUGGGCAACGCACAAACGCCAAUGGAUUUGGCGGUGGUAACCGCUACCCACCCGGCCAGCAGCAGCAACAAAACCGUAACCGUGGUGGCAGCGGAGGUGGUGGUGGUCGGCAGUCUGACAACUGGCAGGGUAGAGACACUGGUAACCGGUCCUACCAGCAAUGGCGGGGCCGGCCCCAGAACGCCCCUUACCAGAAGCAUCAGAGGCCCCAGCCAUUUCAAUCCGAGUGGGACAGGACGGGCCCGCCUCAGACAGAGUGGGACCGCACGUCCUCUAACGAUCGUUCGUCCGAUCGCUCCUUGGACAGGUCUGACAGGUAUGACAGGGACAGAGAUAGAGAUAGGGACAGGGACCGAGAUAGGGAUCGUGACAGAUACGACAGGCAGAACAGAAAUGAUAGGCCCUAUCAGAAUUACAGAGACCGGGGUCAGCCGAGGGGCUCCAACAUGCGUUAUCCUGGCCCUGGAAGGCCUUACCCCUAUUCCAGCAAGCGUUCAAGUCCCUACAGUAGUCCCUACAGCAGCAGAAGUAACUCCCCUGUUCCUUCGGAGAAGCCGUCCGAGCCUCUGCUGGGAUCAGAGGAAGAGAGGCAACAAAAGAUAACCGAAACUGCUGCCAAACUUAAAAAGUCAUUGUCCAGCAUCACUGAAAAGGAAAAAGUCACCAUUUGGGAGCAAGAUCUCAGAGUGAGUUCAACUGUAGACGAUACACCCAGCAAAUUAGCUUCCUCCCAAGAAGAUCUCGCUAGCUCAACUGUUCCUGAUACAAAGCAAGAUUCUACCGACUCAACCUCUACUCUGCAAGACUCUAAGGAUGUUGGACGUAAGGCUGUUGAGUCUGAAUCGAGCAGUAAAGUUGAUUUCAAUGAGUUUUCUUUGUCUGCAAAGGAGCAAUUUGAUGAAGAACACUUUGUCGUGGACAGCAUUGGCGACAUAGAAAUGGACGAUUACGGAUUGUUACAAACUCUACCAAGUACUGAUCACGGCAGUAAUGAGCACAUUGAAGACCACCCCGUUGAUGACGAGCCUAAAUGCACCGAGUCAUCAGCAGAACUUCAACAAGAGCAGCAACAGCAAAAGUUAGUGACGCCGCUCGAGGAGCCCAUCGAUUUUGAUAAUGUCAUGCAAAUGCUCGAUGAACAGUCCCAGAGCGAUUCCCUGGAUGAACAAAAUAACUGUGAUUCGAUGAGUGACAAAUCUAAAAAAGAUCAUGAUGAAGACUCAAGGUCGUCAUCCAAAGCAGAGGAGCCUGGUUCCGAGAUUACGGUUCCCUUCUUUGAGGCGACGAGUACUAAGUCAAAAUCAGCCACAACGACCACGGCAGAGCCCGUUGUUGCCAUGUGCCCUCCACCCAAGGGUGACUUUACAAGUUCUACUAAAUUCAAAACAAGUCUUGGCUAUACACCAAGUCUUACAUCUCCCUGGACUGGAGCCUUUGACGGGAAAGAACUGCCAGCAGAUUUGGACUUUAGUAAACCACCACCGACUAUAUCCAAAAAAGCUGACAGCGACAGUAGCAAGUCCAAGGGUGAAUUAUUGCAGCUACCGCGGGCCUUCGACCCACGUAAACCAAUCAUUAGCAGCGUGUCCGAGAAAAAAGAGGAGGUCCGGCAACCACCGCCAAUAUUCGAUCCUCGGCUUUCUAUGACUGAGCGUUCGACAUUGUUGCUGGCUGGUGCAACUUCGCGGGAACCGCCAAAGGUGCAAAUUCCUCCACCACCGGUCAUGAUGCCACCCACCUUCCCGGCUUUCAUGACGCCCAUGAACUAUCCGACUGUGCCGAUGCCCGUCUCGGUUGCCCCAGCGCCUAUGCCGGUACCUCCGAUACCAAACCCAGAACCGAUACUACCACCGCCUUUUGUCGGUCUCACGAGUACCAGCAGCAGUACAAGUACGUCUCUUGUAUCUACAGCUGCAGCCUCGCUUAGCUUCGACGAGGAUGGUCUAGAGGAGAUGCAAGAGGCUAUGGAAUUUGCCAAACAGCUCAUGAGUAUGAAUGACGAGCCAGUAGCGUCGAAAUUGGAAGAGCCUGAAAUGUCACCUGUGGCCGCUCCAGUGGUUGUCCCAGUCGCCGCUCCUACACCAGUAUCCGUUUCGCCGGUCGCUCCAGUAGCCGCUCCGAUCGGAGUUCCGAUUGUUGCACCAAUCGUCCCUCCACUGAUAGCUGCAGCAGCAGCAGCUACGAGUACGCCUCUCGUUACUGCGGCGACCUUGAUUUCAAGUGUGCCCAAGCCUAUUUCGCCUCCGUUGCUACACUCGACCGACUCGAAUCCGAGCACGCAGCAGCUUUCGGUGCCAGUGUCCGAUGAUCCGACAGUCGCGAGUACUAUUACGUCCACUGCAGCACCGAUUGUUGCUUCGACAACUUUGAGUCAAACAGCUCAGAUAGUUCCCUCUGGAAUGGAUAUAUUAAAGCUAUCUCAGCAGAUACUCAUGGACAAGAAAACCACGGAAGAUCUGUUGAGGCAUACCCAGCUACUCAAUACCGUGGCGACGUCUACAGCGCUGCCCCUGGCCCCUUUGAGUGCAAGUACGGUACCUUUGGUUGCCGCAUCAACGAUGCCGCUUGCUGCAGCUACUACAGUUCCUAUACUAGGAACAAUUCCAAGUGUCCAGCUGCCAGUUACAGAAGUUGGUGUUGCAACAAUGACUCGAAAGGCCAAGGACAAAAAACCAGUGAAAAAAGAGGGUGAUGAGGCGACGUGGAAAAACAAAGUGAUAAACAAGUUCCUCAAAAUGAGCGGAAACGAAAUACGUAACAUGAUAGAUCGUACGAGCCGUAGAAAGCAUGACUUUGUCAUGGACCGUCUAGUUAAGGAGCAAAAGAGCUCCAUUAACCAGGAAAUACUUAUGAAUGAGGACGGAAAGCUCAAGGAACAUUCCCAAGAUGAGUUUAUCAAGCAGGUCAAUGCUAUGUUAGAUCCAAAUGCGACGUUCGACAUUGACGAUUUGCCCACCGAUUUUAUACAGCAGUUGAAUGAUGUAAUGUUGAAUUUGGAAACCAAUCCUGUGUCUGCCAUACCCAAUGCUUCUUCGGACCCAAUGAGCCUUACUGAUCCUUUGGCUCACGAAUACAAUUCGCUCGAUUCACGAAUUGCAUCGGCUCUACAAGAAGAGGACGAUGCAAUGAUGCAAAAAAUCGACAAGCAUCUGCUUCACGAGCGACGCAAAAAGGAGUUCAAACCAGUAGAGUUAGCUCAUCAUAAGGAAAAACAAAAAGUACGCGUUAAAAUUAUUCGCGACGAUCACAAAAAAAUCAAAGAACUGCAGCAACAGGCAAAGUUGCAGCAGCAGCUCGCAGCCGAGCGGGUGCUCGCAACCAAUCGUGCUGCUCGAACCAUUUCCACGGCCACACAGAUCGACGAUGAUUACACCACGUACACGUCAACGACAGAUUUCAUCUUGCGUGAACAUUCAAGGCCGAUUAACAGUACAAACGAGACCGCUCCCGUUGUCAAUAUGGCUGACAUCGACGACAUCUUCUCGGCUGGUAUUGCCAAGGUGAGACAGGCAGCGAAGCUACCCUCUCCCCAACCGCCGACGAGUGGUGUAGCUGCUAGAUUGGCUCAUCGUAUCGAUCGUAAUAAUAAGAGUCAACCUCAGCCUGACGAGAACCGCACGGCCUUUAAUCUUGACGAUAUCUUUUCGGCCGGCAUGGCCAGGGCUAAGGCGUCCUCUGCCGCGACUGUGUCAGAUGCCGGAAGGAUUAGAGCUUCGGACGUUGAUGUGGUAGAACGAUGGAUGAGGAAAGAACGCGAACACAUAGAUGCCUACAGAAAUUUGACAAAGGAGGAGUGGGACGCAAAGUAUGGCAAGACGAUAGACCGAGGCGCGUUUGAGCGAGAACUCGAGGUUACGGUUUCGGAGUUCAACAAAAUACAAGCGCUUAAUCUCAACAAUGAAGAAGCCGCCGCGGCCAGUCAGACGGCGGUUCGAGAACAAAUCUCCAAUAGCGAAGAUGACACGUCGUCCUCGUCGUCAAGCGAAUCGGAUGACGAAACUCCAUCUGAUGUUACCCAGUUGCUGAAGGUCAUUAAGGAGCGAGAAAAAAUUGCCAAAAAGAGAUCUAUCAAUGAGACCAUUAGGGAUGAAGUAACGGCCGAAAUUGAGCGAAGGUGGCGUGAGAAACAAAAGUACAAAGAACGCAAAUCGAAGAAGCGCUCGAGAAGGAAAAAGGAUAAGAAGGAGCGUAAAAAACGUACCCGCAACAAGAAGCACAAGAAGCGCUCGAGGGUAAAUGUCAGCGACUCCGACGAUGACUCGGACGAUGAUGAUUCUGACGAUGAUUUGACAACGAAUCUGCUCUCGGAAGAUGAGAUCAAGAAAGAGAUAAUCAAAGAAGAGCCUGAGGCAGCUACCCUUGCAGCCACUCUUGCAGCAGUCGGUGGACGAACCAUUCUUUUUAAAAAUCCGCCUUCCAAGCGCAACGAUGGCUCUGCCAAGCCUUACCCACUGAAAUCUCGAAGCCAAAAGAAGCUUGUGCAGGAGAAUGACUAUCACGUAACUCGAAAAGUCACAUUUUCCGACAAAGUGAUCCAUCACGAUAUCUCUGACAAAACGAUCUUCAAGAAGAUCGCUGCAGAGACCAAGGCCAAGGCUGUUGUAGCACCGGCAGCGAUCGCUGGUGCUACAGCUACGAAAGCUGUUCCUCCGUCUGUGCUAAAAGUUGUAGCUAAAACUGCGACCAAACCAGCACAAGUUGGUAUACAAUCCAUCACGAAAACAGUCGUCAACCAAGCUGCAGUUGCCAAGGCAGCCGCUGCAAAUACCGCUGUAGCUGCCGCUUCGGCAGCAGCUCAUGUUAAAAAACCAGCAACCACAGCAGUUAUUUCAAAAACCGCUACAUUAGUAACGACAACAACUACCGUAACAACAGCUACAACGGCAACAAAAACUGCUGUUACGUCAAUGGCGACUGCAACAACAGCUUCGGCAGUGAAAGUUGUUAUGGUUACAACUUCAGCAACGACUUCAAUACCUAAAGUCAUUUCGACCACGACAACUGCAGCCACAGCUCUGGUAGCAAAGUCUGUCCCGGUUACGACAACCGCAGCAACAACUUCAGCAGCAAAAGCUAUUUCUUCCGUAAAAACUGCAGCUACCACGACGACAACAGUGGCGAAGACAAACGUUGCCGCAAAGGCGACGGUAGUACCUAAGGCUGCAGUUGCAGCACCAGCUGUUGCGAAAGAGACUGCUGCGACAAAGGCACCUGUUGAAUCUAAGAUGACUGUUGAAAAAACUAGUAACGUAGCCAAAAAAGAAGAUCCUAAAAAGCCUGACGUGGACGUCGCUCAGAGCAUCAAGCAAGCUGUUGCAGAGAAUUUGAUAUCAGGCGCCUUGGAACUCGACAAAAUUGCGGCUGUUGAGCCAAAAAUAAAAUCUCUGGAGAAAACCACCGUCAAACCCCAGGAUAAAAGCCCCGUUAAAUCUCUCAAAGUUGUGAAGAAAACUACCGAAUCAGGAAAGUCAGAACCUGUCGAUCCCAGCAAGCCAAAGAAAUUGGACAUUAAAGCUUACAAACAAAGGCUACUCGAACGUCAAAAAAGAGAGCAGGAAAAGGCAAAGCAAAUAGAAAGUAACCCUGCUUCGCUAACGCAAAAUCUCUUAAACAUCCCGGCUAACAAACGUGAGUCCAGUCCCGCAGCUUUAGCCACGAAGCCAGCAGCACAGACCACGGCGAACAAUGCGGAAGUUAAAACUGACAAGAACAAAAUUGAACCCGCCAAAAAUAGCAGACCCGCUAUCAAGUUGAAGCGCACGAGCCUUCACGAGAGGAUGAAAGAGAAGAUGGCUCAAGCUGAACUAAUGGAAAAGGAAAAUAAGAAAAAGACUGAAGAAGCUGCUAAAGCACCUACCGUUGUUCCUGACACGGAAAAAGGAAGUCCAACCAAGUGCAUGGAAAACCAUGGUGACUUGAAGUCGGACAAAUCAAAAAAGAAGAAAAAGGUUUGUGAAGCCUGCAAUAAGUUUAAAAAUAUCAAGUCUGAGGGCAGCAAGGAGCUUAAGUUGAAGUCACCAAGGAGCAAGGUCGCCGAGGUGGGCGAAAAAUCCGAAGACAAAGAAACCUCGAAAAAGGUAGAAGUAAGCGAAGCAGACAUGAUGCUUAAGGAAAAAUCAAAGAAUGAUGUGUUGAGUAGUGCUCAGCUGAACUUGAGUAAUGCAUUUGAGAGCAUGGAUGUCGUGUCGAGUAAAGAAUCAUUCGUUCCUAUUGACACCUCACGCAUUGAAACCAAAGUGAUUGAAAGACCCAUGGAAUUUGUGGAUAACGUGAUGUCUAACAUGACCGCAUUGUUCACGAGUGACGGUUUGCCUGAUACUGUGCCUGACGAGGAAAUCAACAAGUACCUCGGCAUCAGCAAGAUUCCAAUUCCAAUCACAGACAAAGUCGAUGAAGCCAUGGACAUUGCCGAAGACAGUGUAACCACUAAAUCUUUUGAUUUGAUAUCAACUAAAAUGUCGCAAAUCUGCGAGGCCUCAAAUAUGGAUGCUAAAGAGCCCGACUUGGACAAUUUAGAAGAAUUAAUGCAAUUUUUCGUGGACAUUACUCGUGAAGAAAUGUAUGAAGCCACAGAAGAAGAAGAAAGAUGUAGAGUUGCUGCAGAAGAGCGCAAGAGGGAAGAAGAAACUUGGUACAGAGCUCAGGUAGAAAAACGUAGUCUGGAAGAAGAAAAGAGAUACCGAAUAGAGAAUCAAAGAAGUGAAGCAGAGGAAGAAAGGCUCAGGAUAGAGCAAGAAAAAUGCAAGGCUGAAGAAGAAAAGUUGCGUAAGAAAAAGCAGGAAGAAGCAGAAAGGCUUAAAGCAGAGCAAGAACUGCGCAAAGUUGAAUCAGCAGAAAUAGAAAUGAUACGCAAGAUGAUGGAAAAUGAAAAAGUGGAAAGUGUUAGUGAAGUGUGUAAAACGAGUGAAAGUGAAAAAAUUGAAGAUAUUUUGAAGGAACUUAAUGAUACAAAAGUGAUGGAAGAGAGCUUUACAGUGGAAAGUGAAAAAGAAAGUGUAGAUAGUGAAAAUGUGGAAAAAAGUGAGCAGCAAAAACUCGUGAUAGACUCAAUAGAGAUAUCUAAUGUCUCCGUCGUUAAAAGCAUCGAAGAAUCGCUUCAAUCUCGUGAUAACUUGGUCGUUGACAUUAGAUCUCAAAGUAUGGGGAGCAGCACUGUUAAUAGCCAUGUGUCCAGUGGCAUGAAGGAUUUCAGUAAUCUCCAGCAGCAAUUGCAAAAGAACGAGAAUCAAAUCGAAAUCACAGUACCGCUCUUCAAAGAGAGCAUCAUGCAAUCUGUAAAUAAGGAAUACAUGGGAAAAGAAUCUCUGAGCGAAUCUGUAAAUAAAGAUAUUAUCUGCCCAAUCACAGACGAGAACGAAAAGAACGACACCAUGAAUCUUUUAGAGGAUUUGCAGACGUUUACCCAAAAAAGCGAGACCGCGGAUAGCUCGCAGGUGACAAACGUUGAGCAGACAAAUAAACUCGACCAACUAUUAUGCGAGAAUGAUAUUUCAAACUCAAUGACUAACGAAGGAUCGGUAGACUACAGAAUUCCCGUAGAGCGGGAAGAGAUGCGAGGUCUAGAAAAUUCAUUGAGAGACGGGCAUAACGUACUACCAUUAGCGAAGCCACUUCCGUUAGCCAGAGAAAUCGACGAGAUGGAAUCUCCACUGUCUCCCGAGCCCGAGGAAACUAUCGAGCCGGACGCAGAACUUCUCAAGAGGCCAUCUCCAGCGGAAACGGACGAAGACGGCAGCAAUCUUCCUCCCAUGUUCAGAAACGCGUCCAUUAUCCCUGAUUCUGACGAGGAAGCCGGGGAAAGCGACAAGAUCGCCGAGACUUUCAACAAGUCCGACGACUUGGAGCCCAUCCUCGAAGUCUUUGGCGACCCGAAGCCCGAGGAAAUCCCUAAGCUUUUGGCCGAGGAGACUCCGAUCGUGGCCCAAGAGCUCGAGCUUCCCGUCAAUCUGGACGAUCCGAUCGAAAAGUCGCUCUUAUUGCUCGACUCGAUAGUCAAAGAGCCGGUGAUCACCAUUGACAGCAGUAGCAGCAGCAGCGAACACGUGCUUCUUCCCGCUGAAAAGUUCAAAUCUGCCGACAACGCAGUGCCCAGUGUUGCCGACGUCAGUGACGAGCCAAUCGAAAGGCCUCAAGUGCAGGCACGGCCCUCUUUAAUAUCCGAGAUGAUUUUAAGGACGCCCAUUACGGUGAUACACGUGAGUAAAGACGGUAGCAAGAAGUACAACCGCAUCGACAAUUUGAUGACCACAAGCACGAGCUCGGUUGUCAUGGAGAAAGAAAAAAUUGGUGCGAAUGACAGUGAGUCUGUGUUGUCACCGACUUCGGACUUGAUCGAUACAACGACGAAAAACGUUGUGGCGCUCGAUACAGACGAGGCUUCCGAGAAUUCAGUGCACGUCGAUACAAGUAAGGUACAAACAAAUUCCAACGAAGCAGACGAAGUUGUUAAUGGCGGCGGACAGUUGUCGUUGCUGGUUAACAAAGACAACAACACGAACAGUGCCCCAGACUCGUCGAAACAAGAAAAUGAAGACGAGCCGGAAGUAGCCGCGUUGGAGGAGGAGAGAGUGACGGAUGUUGUUGCGGCUGAAACAGAAGAAUUUGAAAACAAGAAAAAAACAGACCUGUUGCUAGCGAUGAACAAAAAGCAGCCGUUCGUUGUUUUAGAAAAAUCCGAAGACCUCGAGAACUUGUCUAACGAGAGAAAGGAAAAACCUUCACUAGAUCGUAAGUUACAUAAAAUCCUUAACAAGCCGAAAACCAAAUUCAAAGCGGCGAAGCCCCCGCCAAAAUCCGUUGGUAUCGAUAAUCUUAUGAACUCUGAGCUGGUGGAGCCUACGGUUCUACCGACCCGUCACACCUGGAUGAAUAUCGUCAACGAGAUGAACGAUAUCAACCGUAAGAUGCUCGAGCUGUGGUACAAAAAGUGUGAGCUCUUCCAGCACCUGCCUAACGCUCUUGGGGACGAUGUCACCGAGGACGAGAAAAAGCAGGCAGAGAUCGCGGCCACGGGUGGUAUCAACAUGGGCUUCAAUCCACUCUCGAUGAUGAUGAUGCCCCAGGCUGCUGAUCCUAAAAAACAGUUGGAGGUCGCUGCAUCCAUAGGCAUGAAUAUAGGUUUUAAUCCGCUAUCCAUGAUGUCUAUGCUGCCGGGCAUGUCGGUGCUACAGCAGCAACCAACAACGAAAAAGCCAGAAUGCUCGGAAAGUGAAACUAAUGCUCUGGAUAUGUCCGACAAAGUAUCUGAGAGAUCAGCUCUUGAUGAGAAGAAGCUUGGUACUGGCGACAAAGACUCGGAUAAAUCUGGACAGCGCCUCGAAAGCAAGCACAAAGACGAUGAGAAAGAAAAGAUCCACGACAAGAGGAAAAAGAAAAAGGCCAAAUCCAAAGAUGGAUCCAACAGCAGGCGCUCUGUGUCUAGUGAACUGUCCAUAGACAAAGAUAAAACAAAAACUUCUCUAAAAUCAACGCCCGAUACCAAAAUUAGCAAGCAGCACAAGGAAUCUUCUGAAGAUUCCAAAGCCUCGAAGAAGAGGCAUAAAGUUGAUAGUUCUGAAACUACGCCAAAAUCAAAGGGCAGGAUAAGAACUUUUUCCAAAGGAUCUUCAGAUGAAUCUGAGUCCGAAAGUUCCGCCAGGAAGCGUCUUGUUAGUCCAGAACCGUUCAAGGUUAAAGCUCUAACAAAGCUUGAAAAAGAAUCUCUUUCGAGGAAACUUGAAAAACCCUCUAAGGGUAAAAAAUCAACGAAAUCUAAUAAGGAUGUCAAAGCUGCCUCGAAAAAUUUGUCGGAUGAUGAUUCUGAUGCAAUAUUACAAUCAAAGUUGAAUUCCAUGCAAGCUCCGCAAACACAGCGUGCUAAGAAACUUGGCAAAGCUCUCAAAAAUUCGUCAGACAGUGAGGAAGAAAACAAAAACAAACCUAAAAAAGAAUCAGUUCGAUCUCAAAGCAGAAUGGGCAAACCUUUGAAACCAUCGAAAUCAUUAAAGAGUAAGGAAAUUAAUGACACUGAUUCUGAAGAUGAAAGUGAAAUUCGCAAGCGUUCUCAGAGCCGUGCUGGUAAACCUAUGAAGGGUGCACAAGUAAGUGAUGAUGAUGGCUUUAAGAAAAAAUCAGACACUGAAUCGAUGUCAAGUCGAGGAAAGAAAGAUUCAAUAAAACGUUCAGAAAGCAGACUUGGUAAAGCUGCUAGGCGUAAGUCUCCAAAAACUACGAAAUCAAAAGACGAUUCGGAUAAUGAGUCUCGUGGUAGGAGUACCAGUCCAAAAGCAAAUUUCCGAUCUAAAAGUCAGCUUGGUAAACUUUCUAAAGCUUUGGUAGAUAGUGAAAGUGAAGAUGAAAAGAGGAAAUCUGGUUCUGAGUCGGUAUCCAGCCUUAAAUCAGGAUCAACUAAACGAUCAAAGAAUAGAAUAGAUAAACCUUUAGUAGAAAAGAAACAUACAUCACCAGUAAAGACUGUUAAUGAUAGCAAUAAAUCGGAUAUUGAUUCAGAAGUUGAAAAAUAUACACGCAACCGUAGCCCUAGUCCCAAAGAAAUUUUGCGAUCUAAAAGCCGCAUUGGAAAACCACAGAAAGUUAGUGAUAAUGAACCUGUUUUUAGUCGUGCAUCAAACUUGACUCAACGUUCCAAAAGUAGUAUAGGAAAUCUUCUUAAGGAUAAAACUACAUUAAAAUUAUCAAAAACCAAAAAAGCUAAGUCAAAAAUAAAAUCAAAACUUGGUCAAUUUGAACGAGAUCGUAGUUCUAGUCCUGAAAGGCCACGACCUAAAAGCAGCAUUGGUAAAUUUUCUCAAGGAUUAUUGGACAGUGAUUCAGAUGAACCCCUUUCUCAAAAAACAGCCAAAAGUAAGUCUCUGUCAAAAGAUCAAAUCCGCAAAAACCUUCAAGACUCAUCGGACAGUGAAGUUGAAAGUGACAAGAAAAAACCUAUUGGAUCCCAACGUGCUAGAAGUAGAGCAGGCAAAGUUUUGAAAAUAAAAUCUCCCAAGACAAAACAAAUGGCUGCUAUGAAAUCAGGUGAUGAAUCAGAAGAUGAAAGUUCAGUUCGUAAUCGAAGCGUUAGUCCCAAACGAAGAGCUAAAGGUAGAAUUCGCCAAUUGUCUCGAGAUUCAUCGACGAGUAAUGAUGAAAGCAAGAAAAGGGUCAAAUCGCCCAAAAAGUCUUCACCUGGGAAAGAAAAAUCCAUCAGUAAAUCGGACAGUGACUCUAAUGUAGAAAAUCGCGUUCUUAACGAUAGACCAAAGCGACCGAAGAGCCGAAUGCAUUCAUCUGCUGCAAGUGACAGUGAAAACAAGAAAAAAUCGGAUAUUGAUUUAGCUUCUGAUCUUAAACCAGAGUCAGCAAGGAGUUCAGUGGGCAGAUCGGAUGAAGCUGAAAAAAGUAAGUCUGUAGAAAAGUCGUUGGCAAAGUCGCAAGAGUUCGCACGCCAAAUGGUAGAUGCGAUUGCUAAAGACUUUUCCGACGAUGAGACAAACAUUCCAGCUGUGAGCGAAAACCAACCUGGUAAGUCUUCCGACAAUCAUGAAGACAGCAGUCAAGAGAAUUCCAAUGGCAUCAACGAACCUAAACCGGAUGGUGGUCAACUAGUAAAACAAGAUCAAUCAAAUGACAAAGAAAAGAAAUCAGAAAAAGUAAAAAGUCACGAACCCGAAGAUAAGGAUGAUUUUGAUAAGGACUUGGAAGUUAAACGAAUUAUUAAGAAGCAAAGCAUCACUCCUUCAAAGGAACUUCCACCUCGUUCUAAGAGUAGAGCAGCUAAAUCUAUAAAACCGAAAGAUUCAAGUAAGCGACCAAAGAGUAAGGUUGGCAAAGAAUCCAAUACUCAUUUACAGUCUCCAGUUAAAAAAAUUCAGGAUAAUCAGAAAACAGUUAUAUAUUCAGAUGAUAGUACUCAAGACACACUGGAGUUAUCAAAAAGUGAUAGUAAAGCCUCCGGAAAGGGUCUUGCACUUCUUGAAGAGUCUCUUAAGAAAGAAUCAAAAAAGCAAAAGUCAUCCUUAAAGUUCUUAUUAAAUUCUCAGUCAAAUAAGUCUGAUGAAGAAUCAGAUCUUUCGUCUAUUGUAGAUUUGGAAGAAUCUGAACGUUCUUCCAAGAAAAAACAAAAAACUGUCAUCGUUUCUUCAGAAGUGUCCAAGCGCUAUGAGGAUGUUAUAGAGUGUGUUGUUAAUAAUUCCGAACUGCAAUCUCCAACUCCAGAGUUAAAUAAUCUUGUAAAAAACAAUGACAAUAAAGAAAAAACUCGAGAAGAAAAGAUCGUAAAACUCUGCCAGCUUUCUUCAGAGCCUAAAAAUUCUGAGUUAGAAGAUAUUUCUGAUGGUGAGUUAAAUGUUGAUUCACCUCUACCUGAAUCUGAAGAACAACAAAAAGUACCUGUUUCUGAAAGUUUGAAUGAAGAAAUUUCUAAAACUUUGAAAAAUGACAAUGAAUCUGCUGAAAUAAAUGACGUGAAAGAAACAGAAUCUGCCGAAAAGGAUAAUGCGAUUGAAUUAAAGUCCGAUGAAAAAGAAGUAGAAUCUGCUAAUACAAAAGACACGAAAGAAAAAGCUCAGAUUGAACAGAGCCAUGAUUCUCAGUCUGAAGAUGAAGUUGAAGUAACCGAUCUUGAUGUACCCUUUACUUAUGAAGGUUCUCCAUAUGUUGUUUUAGAUAUUCUUGAAGAAGCUGAAAUUGAUAUUCCAACAGAGGAUGACAAUGCCAAAGAGGAUAAUAUGAUGGCACCAUUUACUUACGAAGGCAUGCCACUACCCAAAGAAGUAAUUGACAAUUGUAGUUCAGUAGGAAGUGGUUCAAAUCAACCUUCACCAAAAUGUGUCGAGGCAUCUGCAGAUCCACAAGUAACUAAAUCAGAUAAAUCUAAAGUUGACAGUUAUUCAGAAAAACAAUCUCUAACUCAAGAUCAAGCUGACUCUGAUAGUGAAAUUGAUGUUGAAAAAGAAGAUAAAUUAGAUGAUAGUGUCGUGCAAAGAGAAAUAGAUGUUACAUCGGAAAAAUCUGAUGUUGAAGUAGAAAAAAUGACAGAUGAGGACGAGAAAAUUGUUAAAAUUACAGACCAAAAAGAUUUUGAAGAAAAGAAAAAUGUAUCUGAUCAAAAGGUAAUGCAACAAAGUAGAGAAACUAUUGCUGAAGACUCGGGAUCUGAAGAAAAGAAAACAAAACCCUCUCGCCACAAAUCGAAGAAAGAAUCUAUCGUUAUAAAUAAAGCUAUAACUUCAAAGAAAUCACAAAAAUCGAAGACUGUUGAUAAAGAAUUUAUUCACGAUAGUGAUUCUGAUAAGUCUAAAGGUGGUGAUAAUGAUGAAUCUGUCGUGGAAGAAAGCAAGUCAGUUAAAUCAGCCAAAAAUAAAAAAUUGGCUGUUGAAAAACAAAACACUAAAAAGAGAGAUAGUGAUUCUGAAAAAUCGGACGAGUCUGAUCUAGAAGACUCGAGUCGAUUAAAAUCGAAGGAUGUAAAGCGCAAGAAAACAGAAACAAAAACUAAAAAAAGAAAAGUAGAGAGUGAUUCGGACAAGUCGGAAAAUGAAAUAAAAGAUAAUGAAGCUGAGGACAAGAAGAGGAGUAAGAGACACAAGACAGUAAAACCGUCCAAGAAACAUAAGAAUGAAAACGUUAAAGAAGUAAAACGUCGUGGACGCCCUAAAAGAAUUAUUGAAGAAGAAAUGUCGAAUGGUGAAGGAGUUAUUCCAUCUAAGAGAAGGCGUAAAUAUAAGGAUGUGCCAUUAAAGCAAAGUGUUAAAAGAAAACCAUUUAUGAGCAAAGCAGAGAUGAGAGCGUGUAAAGUCUCGAUCAUAGACUGCAAGUAUACUCUGCUUCGGAAUAACGUAUCUUCAAGUGUUUUACGUAAAGUUGGUAUAUCUCGCAUUCGAAACUUGAAGUCUAUAUUUCCGAGUAAAUCUAGUUCUAAACAACGAGAACUUGGCUUAGAAGUUAAGCAGGAAGAACAUACUGUGAGUAAAAAAGACAAACAGGGUACCACUGAUGCAAAAGCAAAAAACUCGGAAGAGAAAGAGAAUCUAAAAGAAGAGUCUAAAAAAAAAAUUGAUUCCAAAAAGAAGAUAGACUCCGAGGUUGAAGAUCACCAUAAAAAAAAGAAUGAAGCUAAGUCUGAGCAAAAUAAUAUAGAAGUAAACACCGGAAAUCGAACAAAUGAGGAAAAUUUAACAAACGCCGAGGUCGAAUCAAAUUCAGAAACGAUAACAGAAAAGGAUUUUGAGAAAAAAGAAGACUCACCUAUUAACAAGACUAAAGAAAUGGAGUCGGAUAUUAAACAAAAAAGUCUUGAAGUGGAACCACCAAGAGAAAAUGAGUUAGUCGCUUCAGAAAAUAAAAAAAAAGUAGUACAAGAGGCUGCAAACCAAUUAACACCAUCAAAGCAGAAUAUUCCCACAAUUUCAGAAUCUCCUAAGUCUACUUCAAGUCUCUCAGAAUCGUUGCAGCAAAAAAAACCAUUAUUAAAUUGCAAAGACAACAAAUUAGCUCAGAUUCAAGUAGUUGUGGAAAAAAUAAAAAUUCCAGCAAAGGCAACGGCGGCGGCGGGAGUUUUCAACGAGACUGAAGAAAAAUCCAAUUCAAACGUGGCGGAGGAUGAGGCAAAAUCCAAAAGAGCUACUUUUUCACGUCACACGGGUCCGAUUUUGCAUAUCAAGGUUUUUGAAGACACUUUCUUGGCAGCUAGUGACAAUGGAUUAGUAUAUCAGUACAAAAUCACAUCUGAUACAUUAGUUAGAGUUUUCAAAGGCCAUACCGGUGCUGUGACAUGUCUUUGUGUUCCCUGUUAUGUAGACAAGCAUAGCAAUAAAUAUGAACUUAUGUGUUCGGGAUCCUUAGAUCGCAGUCUCCGUUGCUACAAUAUUAGGACUGGUCUGGAACAACAAAUAAACGAAGUGGAAAGUCCUAUUCAAUGUAUGGAGCUGUGCUGGAAUGUCAUUUAUAUCGGUACCAAAUCUGGAAGUAUAUUACGAUUUAAUGUUCAGACGAGGAAUUUGGCUACAAUAGUUUCAGCAGAAGGCGACAAGAAAAAACCUCCAUCAAUCAUGGCACUAAAAGCGACCAAAGAAGGAGCUAGAAGGGUGCUGAUCGUGGCUGCUCGAGCUGAAAAGUUGGCCAUUCGAGAUGCUGACAAUGGACUCUUGCUGCGAACGAUAAGCGGUGAAGAAAAUUACACAAUUUACAGUUUACUCAGAGAAAAAAGUCUGAUUUACUGCGGAACAAGUAGUAGGUCGCUUCCUGUUUUCGAUUUUAUUACUGGAGUACAGACAGAAAAAUAUAAUGCAAGUGUCGGCAUUGUGUGCAUGUGCUUAUGUCAACACCUUCUGUUUGCUGGAUGCUAUGAUGGAAACAUCUAUGUUUUUGAUACUGAGGAUAAAGUCCUCGUAUGCGCUAUACCCGGCCCUGGAAAUAUGCUUUUAAGCAUGGAACUUAUUGAUAGAAAAAUAAUAGCCGGCAGCAAAGACAAGAAUCUUCAUUUAUGGGACAUGCCUGAUGAUGUAUUGAGACUGCUAAAUGAGAAACCGUAGAGAAAGAUGUCGCGGAGAGUGAAUCUAGUCACCUAACAGACUCUUGGCAGGACUAAGAUCAUAAGAAUGUCAAUUCAGUAAAAUAAACGGUGGUAUGAUAUCGAAGGCCACUGCCGCGAUGCUCUCAGGCCCUCACCAAUCAUGGAUGUCACCAAAAAAUGAUGUUGCAACGGUAAUAAAAAUAUUUGUAUAAAAAAUCAAGAUCAAACCGAAAAAAAGUUAAAGAUUCGGUUAAUAUUCAAUUAUAAAAAGAAUGUAUAUAAAAUGAUGUGCAUCGUAUAGGCGUAUAUAUAAAAAUAAAAACGAUUUGUACAGAGCCGAUUGUACAGAGGGAGAAUCGUGAGGACAAGUCGUACUUUAUUGUCAAAACAAAAAAAAUUAAUGCCAAUAAAGUACCAAGUACGCAUCUCGACGUGCCCUUUACUUUAACCAAUGUAACUUUAGGAGCGACGUUAAUGUAAUAUUAAACUUUGUAGAUUUAUUCACGGAGUUGAUAAGUUUUGUUUUCUUACAUGCUUUAUCAUAAAAGUGAGUAUCCGCAUGUAUCCAGUCCUGAAGCUAUCCUUUAAUUUUAAUCGGAACCAAAAUUGAAAGCGGUAACAGGACUGACGUGAAUUAAUUUACACUCGCGGAUUCUCAGUAAACGAUAAAUUAAAGAAACGGGCAAUGUUACUAAGCCAUCGGAUGAAGAUGUGUCUUUGAAAACGCAAUUUUACUACUCAAUGAAAAGCUUUACAUUUCAGUUUUUUUGUUAUUACAUAUUGUUUCAUACCUAAGAAGCAGGAUUGUAAUUUGACAGCGGUUAAGAAUGUAAACUUAUGAUAGUGGGUAUGUUUAAACAUUGUCAUUUCCAUUUACAUUGUCAAGUUAAUUAACAUUAACAAAAAAAAAAAACAGCGUUAUUCGCUCGGAAUUGCGAAUGGCGCUUACGAUGUCAUAUGAUACUUCACAUACAUUUCGUCGAAGUUUUGCAUACCUUGUAAAUUUUGCGUCAAUAUGACAAAAAGGCGACGUAUGAUUGCGCGUAUUCGAAUUUUAUACAGUUUGAAAAUAUAAAAAGAAAAAUAAACUAAGGAUGAAAAGCACAUUGUAGAUGCGAAAUGACGAAACGUGUACCAUUUCUCGUACAUUGUUGUAUUUUAUAUGUAAUGUAGUUUCGUCUAACUGCAUUAUUUCAAAAUAUGUAAAAAUAUAAAAUAAAAUGAAAAAGUGAUUUUUUAUACGCGAUUUUCUUUGCUUGUUAGGCAGUAGUUAUACAUAAUUUAAGUAAAAAGCUCAUUUCUUUAUUUCUUAGAAGAAAUAAUCACUUGAUAAUAUUAUAAAAACGUACAAAAUUCGUGCUAUGAAUGCUUGAAAAAUUCAUUAGAUUUUCAUUGAUUAAAAUUUAAGUUGUCCACAAUUUUUAGUAAGAUGGAUAAUUGUUUGAGUGAAACUACACUUAUCAAGUCAUUACUUCUAGACAUUAUUGUCGCUUUUCGUAGUAAAAAUAACUUAUGAAAAGCAAUUUGUUGUUUGAUCAAAAUUACUUUCAACGAAUUAUACGAAAACCAAUAAGUGAAUGAAAAAUGUAACACUUUAAAAACUAAACGAUAUUUUAAAUAA